AUGCCGUGCCCCAAUCGCACUCAAAUAAAGAACUCUCUUGGCGAUGUCAUACACACCCUUUCAAAAACUGAAGAGACUCAUGAAAGUCCCGCCAAAAACCUCCCUCCUGUCUUCGGCAACACAGCCGCCCAUAUACCACUAGUCCAAGCGGUCUUCGCAUCCUGCAAGAACCACGUUAAAACAUGGUCCUCCCAGGAUGAUGAGUCUGCCGAAGAUGUGAGCAGAAUUUUGAUACAGUGCAAUAAGAAAGUGACGAGGUUGGACGAGAUCUUCCAGAACGUCACCGACAGCUCUGAUGCGGUGCAGCAGUAUUCAAGGGUUGCGCACGGUGUCGGAUUGGAGGUUCUGAUGAGAGAUAUUCUUUCAAAUACGAUUGAAUUAGCGAGGAGUCCGGUCUUUGCGACAGCGCCAGUGCUCAGAUCACAGAUUGAAGAGCUGCAAGAAGCUUUGCGAAAGGUUCAUAUGAUACCGUCUUCGCUGCCAAAGGCCUCUCAUCAAUUUCAUAAUUCUGGGUCUGGUUCUAUGAAUGUGAACACUGGGGGUGGGUCCCAGAAUAACAAUACCGGCAAAGGGUUUCAAUUCAAUGGGCCUGUCAACGGGUUGAAUAUUGCGAGAAAUGGGGAGUGA